AUGGCGACCAACUCCAUCAAGUUGCUGACUGGCAACAGCCACCCAGAGCUUGCUCAACUCGUGGCGGAUCGCCUCGGCAUCGAGUUAACCAAGAUUAUGGUUCUGCAAUACUCCAACCAGGAGACCAGCGUCACAAUCGGUGAAAGUGUCCGAGACGAAGAUGUCUUCAUUAUCCAAAGUACCUCUCCGGGGGAAAUUAAUGACGGGCUGAUGGAAUUGCUCAUAAUGGUAAACGCCUGCAAGACUGCCUCUGCCCGUCGCAUUACAGCUGUCAUUCCCAACUUCCCUUAUGCUCGCCAAGAUAAAAAGGAUAAGAGCCGCGCUCCUAUCACCGCCAAGCUUAUGGCCAACAUGCUCCAGACCGCUGGCUGCAACCAUGUCAUUACUAUGGAUCUUCAUGCUAGUCAGAUCCAGGGCUUCUUCAAUGUCCCCGUUGACAACCUGUAUGCUGAGCCCAGUAUGCUCAAGUGGAUCCGGGAAAACUUGGAUGUGAGCAACUGUGUCAUUGUCAGUCCCGAUGCUGGUGGUGCCAAACGUGCUACCGGUAUUGCCGAUCGCCUCGACUUGCAAUUCGCUCUUAUUCACAAAGAACGUGCUCGCCCCAACGAAGUCUCCCGCAUGGUUCUUGUUGGAAACGUCAAGGACAAGGUUGCUAUUAUUGUCGAUGACAUGGCGGAUACCUGCGGAACACUCGUUAAGGCUGCCGACACUGUCAUGCAGCACGGAGCUAAGGAGGUCAACGCCAUUGUUGUUCACGGUAUCCUCUCCGGAAAGGCUAUUGAGAACCUGAACGGUAGCUGCUUGAAACGCCUGGUUGUUACCAACACCGUUCCCCACGCUGAGAAAAAGGAGGCUUGCGAUCGUAUCGAGACUAUCGAUGUCAGCCCUACGCUGGCCGAGGCUUGUCGUCGUACCCACAACGGAGAGUCCGUGAGCUUCCUCUUCUCGCACGCUGUUGCUUAA